AUGACAACCGCAAAUCCACAACAGCCACCAUUUACUCUGUUCCUCAAAUUCAGCACCGAAAUUCGACCAUCUGACUUGCUACGACGAGAUGAUCGAAUUCCAAUGACGUGCUCAUUCGAAGAGAUUGCCGAGUCAGAGGAGGAGGACAUGCAGCUCUCAGAGCGAACUUCAUCCGAUGCGCGAUCACCAUUUGCUGUCUCUUUUGAAUCUCCGUUUGCCGAACGGCGCGGAACAUACCCUCGAGAUUUGAGCCCAACCUAUGCAAAAAAUCCGCCGUUUCACGUCCAGGUUGCGGAUUUUUGGAUCGUCGUCAACAAGCAUCAACUACGUUUGGAUCUCUUAGCCCGGAACAGCACGGUGCUGGGCAUGAUUUUUUUACCCUUCCGCCAAUCCCUGAAAGUUCCACACUAUAAGCUGACCACAUAGAGACCCAUCAACAGAUGAUAUGUGCAGUUCUUCAUGUGUCAGCUGAGAUGUCAGCUGAUAAUACACUGGCACAACGACCAUGGAUUUUCCUCUUAGGGGAUGUCGCGAUCUACUUCUUACAUAAUGAAUCUCAAAAGCUUUGACCAUUUCUCCGUAGAACUCUUCUAUUUCCUAUUUGAUGAUAUAACGAUUCUUUCACUUCUGUGAUCUAUGUCUAGUCUAUAAUCAGUCUGUAAAAAUUUACGCGAUCCAUUUUGGAUCAGAAGAUUUUUUGUUUUUCCACAUUUAUUAGAUUGUAUGUGUUAGUAGAUGUUUAUUGUGAGUAUUUUUCGGGUUCAUAGAGCCUUGCAUAACUUAGAAGCGGGUUCAUCAAUGAAGCGAAUGUUAAUGUAUAAUAUUUGUAAUAAACCUUCACAAUGCAGUGCUGUUCAAACAGAGUAAU